CGCAGUCAGGAAGUGCUCUCUUUUACGGAUUGUAAAUGGGGAAAAGAAAAGUGCAUGUUUUGGGAAAGCAGGAUAAUUCCAUGCGUUACAAAAUAUUAACAGCAAAGAAAAGGUUAAAAAGUGAAAGCUUUUAUUAGCACACGAGUGAUUACUUUUGAAACCUCAGCUUCAAAACAGCUUUCCUCUUUUCACGAUCAAAAGGAAGAAGAAUAAAUGCUUGAGCCUAGUAAAGAAGAUUAUGUUCCCCAAUUCUUCCAUCCUGGGUCACCCACCCUUUAUUCCUAAACCACAGUCAGGGAACAAUAUUUUUAGCCAGCUCCCCCUAAACAACCCACCUGCACUGAUCUCUCAGCAGCAGCUGAUUGAAGCAGACUACAAUUUUAGAAAUUCCAACUUUCACAGAAUCCCCUUGAAUGCUGUUCCUCGUUUUCCAACAAUACCUUCUCAUGACUGGAUCCCUGGAACAAGUACCUCUCAUGUUGUCCACACUGUGCAAGCGAUAUCACAAGGAAGAAAGAGGAGGGGCGACGAGUAUGGCCCUUCUGACUUGAAGCGACAGCGGUUUCACUCUCCAAGUCCUUGCCUGGGGGUGGUCACCCCAGCAUCUUCUCCAGCAGCAGCUAGGAAAGCAGCAGUGCCUUUGCGCAGUGAGGGCCACAGGUCAGGCCUGUCCCUAGACACCGCUCUGUCCCCUCUAACCCCAAAGCCAGGCGGCUGCGUACCACCGUUAAGGAGUGAGCCCCGUUCCAGUGUCACUAACCGCCUACUGCCACCUGCUCAGGACAAGCUCAGCCAGCAGGUCCUGGAGCUGUUUCAGGUUUGCCAACAGCAGAAUGAUGAUCUAGAGAAGAAGGAACUAUGUCGAGCACAGCUACAGUGGGAAAUCCAGAGACUCAUUCCGCAUUCUCGGGUGUAUCUGGCUGGGUCUUCCCUCAAUGGUUUUGGCAGUCGAAGUAGUGAUGCAGAUCUUUGCCUAGUUGUUCAAGAGGGACCGAUGAACCAGAGAACAGAUGCUGUAUAUAUACUCAGUCUUGUACAGAAGUUGUUUUACAGGCUGACUUAUAUUGAGAGACCUCAGCUUAUUCGAGCAAAAGUGCCCAUAUUGAAAUUCAGGGAUAAAGUCAGCGGAGUGGAGUUUGACUUGAAUGUAAACAACGUCGUUGGAAUAAGAAACACAUUCCUUCUGAGAACCUAUGCAUACAUUGAGAAUAGAGUUCGUCCAAUUAUCCUUGUGGUAAAGAAAUGGGCCAGGCACCAUGGAAUCAACGAUGCCAGCCGUGGGACUUUGAGCAGCUACUCCUUGGUACUGAUGGUUUUGCACUAUCUACAGACCUUGCCUGAACCUGUUAUUCCUUGUCUUCAGAGGGAAUACCCAGAAUGCUUUAAUCCUUCCAUGGAUAUACACCUUGUGCCCGAAGGACCUAGAAACAUUCCUCCUUACACUUCAAAGAAUGAAUCAACGCUGGGAGACCUAUUUUUGGGCUUCUUGAAAUACUAUGCGACAGUUUUCAAUUGGGAAAAAUACAUGAUUUCUGUCCGUGAAGCCAAAGCUCUGCCAAGACCCAACAGUAAAGAGUGGAAGCAGAAGUACAUAUGUGUUGAAGAACCCUUUGAAAGAUCAAACACAGCGAGAGCAGUACAUGAAAAAGUGAAGUUUGAUGCCAUAAAGGCAGAGUUUCUGGAGUCCUGGCGGAUACUGCAGUUGAAGAAAGAUCUGAACUUCAUUUUGCCAUUGAGAGCAACGUUGCAGAAAAGAUAACAUGCUCCUCAUUCCGGAUGUUAAACUGGAAAAAAAACAAGCAUAUUCACAUAAUAAAUUGGGAAGACUCUGUGCGGGACUUUUUAUUUUCAAGUGAUAAAAUGACAUCUGUUAUUCGGUUUCUCUUGAUCUAUAUCACCGCAGAAAUUAUCUUUGUGUUCGGAAGAGAUCAGUUCAUGUUAUUGCACUGGAAAGCAGAGCUGGGCCAUCGCCUUCACAACUCUAUUAAUGAUGGUUCCUUAGUGGAAGCUUUAGUUUGCACAUCAAAAAACUGUUUAGACUCCAUUGUUGUAAUUCCACAACCUAAGCACCUUAAAGACUUGCCUGGUCCCUUAAAGUAAAAGAAAUAAUGUUGGAGUAGUAGUUCAGGACAAGUAAUGAAAAUAACUAUUUCUAAAUAAAAUUAAAAUGUUUAAUAAGUUACAGAGCCUUAUAUUAUACUGGUGUUUAUUUAAAGUAUAGUACUGGAAGUGUUUUAAAUCAUGUUAUUUAUUUUUUUCAGUACCACUUUUAUGCUUGCUUUACCACAGUGUCAUGUCUUCUGCAGGUCUUGCUUAAAAAAUGGAGGUACUUUACCAUAUUCUUUAAGCAUUUAGUUCAGCAGUCAGGCAUGUCUUCAUGGUUGUGUUAAAUGGCUUCCAACCUCUUCCUUAGUGCCAUACUUUGUUAAAAAAAAGUUUUGAGAAGGGUGAAAGGUUGUCACAUUUUUGAAGUCUUUAGUAUUAGAAUUGACAAGGAUGGGUUCUGCAGUCUGUUUUUAACUUUAUAGUGUUUUUAACUCUUUGGAAAUAAAACGUUUGUCAGGAUAUGGGGGGAGGGUCAUUUAAAAUGGUGAUUAAUAAUUUACAUUUUACGUAAGAUUUGAGAAUUCCAUUCAACCUUUGUUUAAAGGGCAGCAGAUAGUUGAAGAUCUUUUCACCAUAACUAAGGCCAAAGGUAUAGUAUAUACAGAUAUUUUCUUUUGUCUCCAUUAACACCUCCCUUACUCACACAUCUCCAUUUUUGUUAGUCAUUGUGCAUUUUUUGAGGGAUAAAGCUUAGCUUGUAAAUGCAUAUGCCCAAUUAUUGUAUACUAUUUUUCAAGAGGUUGAAAAGAUAAGAGGAGCUACUGAGAACCUCUGUUAUCAAUAAAAAUGGGUUGGUGUAUGCAUUUUUUGCAAUUUGAUUACCAUAUCUGAAUAUGACCAUCAGUUUCAGAGAAAUGUAGUAUUUUGACGUUGUUGUGUAAAGGGAAAUAAUCUACUGCUGCACUCGUGUUUAUUUGCAAAUCAAUCUCCAACGUUUUGGUGUUGUAUGUUCUGUUUUGUACAUUUUUUGUAAGUUGUCUAUAUUUUGAUUAGACUUAAUGUAUUUCAGAGUAUAAAGUUAAACUGCAGACUUGCUUGUAAUGUUUUUCUUUAUAUUUUUUCAAGUUUCAAACGUUUUCUGCUAUACAGUUCUUCAUUUGCCUGUACCAAAUUCUAGAGCUUUUGCCUGAGAUUUUGUACAUAUAUUAAGGUUUCAUUCAGCAUUAAAUACUUUUGUAUAUUUAAUGUGAAUAAAGAAAAGUGUAGAAUAA